CUGUCACUGAUAAAGAUCUACCUUUACCGUCUGCAUCCUCUUUCUCAUCCUCAUUAACAUCUGCAUUGCUGCGUAAUCCUCAUUUAAAUUCUUGUCCACCAGAUAUCAUUGAUUCAAUCUCUUCAUGUAAUCAUCAUAAUUUAUCGUGUGAAAACAAUGCCACCACCACUACUACUAAUACUACUACUUCUGUUAAUCCUGAUUCCGAAAAUAUUGUUAAUGGUAGUCCUAUGGAAGAAUCAUCCAAUGUGGUUGUAACCGAUGCUGCAGUUGUUAAUACUACAGAUCUAAUUCAUCGUACUAUGGCUGAACAAAUAGAUCUACUGUCAAGUGCUACUCAUCAUCAUUCAUCAUAUCCUCCUGUCUUAUCAUCUCACAAUAUUGGUCAAACUAAUAAUAACUUGUUAUCAUUUACAUAUGUUACAAACUGUAAUUCUGGCCAGGUUGUUGAAUCAAAUACUACUACUAAUAGUAAUAAUAAUAAUAAUAAUAAUAAUAGUAAUAAUAAUAAUGGAUCGAUUGAUGCCUCUCGCCAUCAUCACCAACAACAACAACAAUCACUCCUUCAUGCAAAAAGAUCUAAUAAUCUUGAAGUAUCACGAAUAAUAGAUCAGUCUAGUUCAAUCAUG